GGGCACUCAUCCUGCUCAAAGUUCACGAAGUUAUAGGUGCGCCUGGUCAGCGGCGAGGUGUAAGCCAGAUUCUUGUACAGCGGUGCUGUGGGAAGCACCACUCGAGGCAACCUCUUUCUGAAUCCCCCAACUCUCCGGUUGCCUUCACCAAGAUGCCUACUGAACAGGCCACGAUCCACCCGCUGGUGCAAAUGUUUAUUGAUCUCACUGCUGGAGCAGCAGGGGGUGUGGCGUGUGUGGUCAGUGGGCAGCCCUUUGACACCAUCAAGGUGAAGAUGCAAACCUUCCCAAGCAUGUACCGCGGCUUCUUUGACUGUUCGGUCAAGACCUACCAUCAGGAGGGGAUGUAUGGGCUCUACCAGGGCACCACCCCAGCCUUGCUGGCCAACGUCGCUGAGAACGCUGUGCUCUUUGCCUGUUACGGGUUCUGCCAGCAGCUAGUGAGGCAUCUCUUUGGACUGGGAAAUGUUCUAGAGCUCAGCGACUUGCACAGUGCCAUUGCUGGCUCAUUCUCUUCUGUCUUCUCCUCCAUGGUUCUGUGCCCCACGGAGCUGGUGAAGUGCCGGAUGCAGGCUCUUCAUGAGAUGAAGGUCACGGGGCAGACGGCUCUGUCAAGACGCAGCUCCACCUGGGCCGUGGUGAAAGCCAUCUUCCAGUCUGAGGGCCCCCUGGGUUUCUUCCAGGGUCUGACCAGUACGUGGCUGAGGGAGGUCCCUGGCUAUUUCUUCUUCUUCGGGGGCUACGAGAUCAGCCGAAGCUUCUUUCUCCAGGCCGGACAGUCAAAGGAGGAGCUGGGUGCUCUCCCAGUGACUGUCAGUGGCGGCAUUGGUGGUGCUGCUUUCUGGCUGGCCGUCUACCCCAUUGACUCGGUCAAGUCCCGGAUUCAGGUGCUUUCCAUGGCUGGGCGGCAAGAUGGCUUCCUGCUUUCCUUCCUGCACAUCCUGCGGACAGAAGGGUUUAUGACCCUCUAUUGUGGACUGAUGCCCACCGUCCUCCGUGCACUGCCCUCCAACGGUGCCCUCUUCCUUGCCUAUGAAUUGACCCAGAAAAGGCUGGCCAGUCUGGUCACGAGGGAGACCUGAGAUCCCAGUGGAGAAAAAGGACUUUCAUGCAGGAUGGAAAAGUCUGGGCUUCUCCCUUGAACUGGGCUGCUAUGGUCUAUCCGCUCUAUCCUACGCCAAGGGAUCUCAGAGGGCACCCUGGCCCAAGAGAGCAGCAGGUCUUGCUGGAUUUCAGGGUGUCUGUCAGUGGGGCAGGCAUGGGGGGGCAGAUGCUCCAAAGACCUGCAGUGCAGACUGGUGCUUCCCUGAAACUGGACAUUUUGGGGGAAUUGUUGGAAUUGCUUUGAGAUUAUUUGAA